AUGGAUCUAACUGUUGAUGAUGACCAAUCAAUCAAUAGUGGAAAAAUUACCAGUCCAGAAGUAAGUAUACCUACAAAAGAUGAAGCUCUUCAAGACUUGAAUUCUAAAUCAAUGCAACCUCUAGCUAGUGAAACACAGCAAGAACAGGACCUCAACGAACAGCCAACUAAACAAGAAGAUCCUGGGAGUUUUACAUUGCCCUACUCAAUAGAAGGGAAGAAGGUCGGGAAUGCACUGUGCGAUUUAGGGGCGAGCAUAAAUCUAAUGCCCUUAUCAAUCUUUAAGAAGUUGGAUAUCGGCAAUGCAAGACCAACCACGAUUACACUACAAUUGGCCGAUAGAUCGAUAACGCAUCCUGAGGGCAAAAUAGAGGAUGUACUCGUGCAAGUGGAUAAGUUUAUCUUCCCAGUGGACUUUAUCAUAUUGAAUUACGAAGCUGACCGAGAAGUGCCUAUCAUCUUGGGUCGCCUAUUUCUCGCAACAGGGUGA